UCCAGUAGAAGCACAAAAGCUUCCAUCUGUUGUCUGUUUUUGUGUACCCGUUAUUCAUUCAGUGCUCAUAGUCCACAAAAUGUCAUCGUUGUGUUCUUCGGCGCCCAUUUGAGACCCUUUUUCUUGCAAACGUUGUACGCAAACACAGCGCAAUGGCUUCGAUGUUUAAAAACAGGCGGAGUACCCUGGAAAGGGCCGAAAAGUUCAUCAGCCCCUUGUACUUCACUGAUGUCAAUCUGUUCGGUAGAAUUUAUCCCGAACAGAGACCCUUCACGAGUCUUAAUGUCUUCUCAACGCCGGACAGAAUUUCGUUCAGUGAAGCCACGAAACACGCGGACUACGAACCAGCCACAGUCGGUCAGAACUUCGGACCGACCUGGACGACCUGUUGGUUUAAGGUUGUGAUUGACAUUCCAAACAAGUGGUGCGGUAAAGAGGUACAUCUGAGGUGGAAUUCGGAGAGCGAAGCUUUGAUAUGGACUGUUAAUGGACAGCCACUUCAAGGCUUAUCCGGCGAUGAGAGAAGCUACUUUAUCGUGUCGCCGUCAGCGAGCGUGUCUUGUCUUCACCACGAGUUCUACAUCGAGAUGGCAUGCAACACGCUUUUCGGAGCUGGAAGUCCGACCAUGAUCAGUCCGCCGGACCCCAAUAAGCAGUUCGCACUCAAGCAAGCGGAUAUCGCCAUAUUUGACAGGGAGAUUGAUGCCUUGGUGACGGACAUUCAAAUCCUAGUAGACAUCUCGAGGGAGCUUCCCAAAGAUUGCAUACGAAGCUACGAGGCAAUGUACACCGCAAAUGAGAUGAUCAACCACAUUGACUUUGAUGACAGGUCUACCUUCAAACUAGCCAAAGAAAUAGCCGACCACUUCUUUGCUCAGAAGAAUGGUGACAGCCAGCAUCGGAUUUCUGCCGUUGGCAACUGCCACAUCGACAGUGCCUGGCUGUGGCCGUAUGAGGAGACUAAGCGCAAGUGCGCACGCAGCUUUUCCUCUGCUCUUCUGCUCAUGGAGAAGUACCCCCAGUACCACUUCGCAUGCUCGCAGGCUCAGCAACUGUACUGGAUCAAAGAGGAUUACCCGCAACUGUUUGAUAGGAUCAAGCAGUACGUGAGGAAAGGACAGUUUAUACCCGUUGGAGGGACCUGGGUAGAAAUGGAUGGAAAUCUUCCGAGCGGAGAGUCUUUUGUUAGACAGUUCCUGUACGGCCAGAUGUUCUUUGAGCGUGAAUUUGGAGUGAGAUGCAAGGAAUUCUGGUUGCCGGACACAUUUGGGUAUUCUGCCCAACUUCCUCAGAUUAUGAGGAGCUGCGGGAUCUCCCGGUUCAUGACUCAGAAGUUGAGCUGGAACUUGGUGAACAAGUUCCCACACCACAAUUUUCACUGGGAGGGCAUCGAUGGAAGCAGCGUGCUUACUCACUUCGCUCCGUCGGAAACCUACUCUGCCAACGUUAAUGUUGCCGAGGCUAUGAAGACAGUAAACAACCUCGAGGACAAAGGUCGCACGACCCACAGUCUUCUGCUAUUUGGACAUGGCGAUGGUGGAGGUGGUCCCACCGAGGCAAUGUUGCAACGUCAGCUUCGACUGGAAGAUGUUGAUGGGGUCCCAAAAAUCGAACUCUCGACCCCGGACAUUUUCUUCGGCCAUCUCGAGAAGGACAGCAAGAAACUGAACAGGUGGUCGGGUGAACUCUACCUCGAGUUGCACAACGCGACGUACACGACUCAUGCCCUCACUAAGAAGCUCAAUAGGGAAUGUGAAUUCGUCCUACACACCGUAGAACUUCUCUGCAGCGUCGCGGCUGCGCUGGGCACAGAGAAGGCGAGGUUAGCUGCUUACCCCUACGACGAGCUGGCUUCGUGCUGGAGGGAUGUCCUGCUCAAUCAGUUCCACGACGUCCUACCUGGCAGCUGCAUUCUGCGGGUGAAAGACGACGCAGAACUCCUCUACCGGCGGGUGUUGAAAGAUGUCGGAGAAAUCAAGGAGAACACCAUGCGGCAACUUUUCGGUGUUCAUAAAACCAACGUGGACGGUGCUUGCGACGUUGUCUUUGUCAAUACUCUAUGCUGGCCCCGCCUGGAAAUAGUGGAAGUCCCCUGGUGUCGAGAGGAACUUUCUAAGCGGUGCUGGAUCGAAGGCGUAGACGACAACGUCAUGCAAGAUGUCCCAGGAGGAACCUUGGUCUCUGUCAACAUGGGCUCAGCCGGCUACCAUGUGUUGAGAGGGAUUGCAUCGCACAAGGUGCCUGUCAGUGCAGAGCAAAAAGGACCAGAAAAGCUCGUGCUGCGUAACAAGUUCUUGGAAGCAGAGUUGAACCUUCUCGGAGAGAUAACCUCUUUGAAGCUUCACAAUUGUGCCAAACAGUUCGUCACGCAGCCUCAGUCUUGCAACAUGUUCGUACUCUUUGAGGACAUCCCUCUUUUCUGGGACGCAUGGGACGUCAUGGACUACCACCUAGAAACUCGCAGAUCGGCUGUUCACGAGCUUUUGGAACCAGCCACUAUCUUAGAAAGUGGGCCGCUGCGUGCAAGAGUUCGAGUGAAGUUUGCAAUCAGCAGUAAAAGUACACUGACGCAGACACUUGUCUUGGACGCUGCCCAUCCAUACAUUCGUGUGGACUGUGAUGUGGACUGGCACGAAGCCCACAAGUUUUUGAAGGUGGAGUUUCAUGCCAACAUCCGCAGCAGCAGAGCGUCUUAUGAAAUCCAGUUCGGGCACCUGGAGAGGGCGACUCAUUUUAAUACCUCUUGGGACUGGGCGAAGUAUGAGGUGUAUGCUCACAAAUGGAUGGACCUGGAAGAGUCCGGCUUCGGACUGGCCAUAAUGAACACUUGCAAGUAUGGCCACGCAGUGCACGGCAGCACGAUGCGUCUUUCCCUUUUGAGAGCUCCCAAGAGCCCAGACGCUGAAGCCGACAUGGGGAUGCAUGAGUUCACCUAUGCCAUCAUGCCGCAUAAAGGUAGGUUCCAGGAAGCUGGAGUAAUCCAGCAGGCGUACGAGCUUAAUUGUCCGCUGGAAAUGGUCAUCUGCGACGCUGGGUCGGAAGAUCGAAUAGUGGCCUUCCAGGACUCGUAUGCAGAAUCUGCGUCGUGGUUUCAGGUGUCCUGCCCCUCGGUGAUUUUGGAGACAGUAAAGAAAGCGGAGCAUCGUGAGGACUGCCUGGUUCUGCGCCUCUACGAGGCUUACGGGGGAGAAGUGUUGGACGCUGUCCUCACCGUGUCCCUGCCCGUGGCCAAGGUGGUCGCCUGCAAUGCCCUGGAGGACGAAGACAGUGAACUGGUCUGUUCCAGUGGUGUGGUGCACUUGCACUUCCACCCUUUCCAAGUGGUGUCUUUACUGGUGUUCCUCAAGGCACCACAGACGCAUUGACCGGUAUCCUGUCGUACUAGUCCUGGGUGUCUGCAAUGUGGGAAGUGCAUACUCAGGAGCUGCCCAAUUCCUGAGCCUACUUCUGUUGUUCUUUAAAGGUACUGUAAACCAGCAGGCAAGCUGCCAAUAUUGGCAGCGGCAUUUGAAAGCCUAUGCAGAAAGAAACCCACACUGCAAAUUUUAUGUGCGACAUAAAGUUCUAAAUAUUUUUUUAAAUCACUUCCGAAAUUGGCGGUGAAAAGACGCGCUGCGACGCCUGGUGGGAAACAAUCGCCUGUUCGUCGAGCAACAAUGUCACAUGUCCCCAGCCCUCUAUCGGCUAAGUCAUAGGCUAAGUAGCCGGCUUCAUGAGCUUUCUUUUAAAAGUUUGUUCAAAAGAGGAGGUUCCUAAGAAAUAUUCUCUCAAAAUGCCAGAACAUUGGUACAUUGUUGAAAUGAGUAACAAACUGCCAGCAGAAUCACCAUGAAAGCCACCUACGCAGAAAUGCACCACAUCCGGCAAACCGGUGUGGUGAUAGUAGCGGUCCACAGAUGGCGCUGUACGCUCCAUUGUUAUUUGCAUGUUUAUGUCAGCCGCCCUCCAUGGCGGGAACUGGGGAGUUCGUGUCGGGUCUUAGACACAGGGUUGCCCUUAAUAUUGAAACUUAAUUUUCUAAAAAAACAAUGGGGUGGAUUUGAACGAAAUUUGUGGCGUUUGUGUACUGAGUGCCCAGGCUGUCAAGUGAGCCGAGAAUAUGAAAUUGUAUGCCUGCUGCUUUACAGUACCUUUAAUAUUUUUGUCAGAAUUUUUGUUUUGGGGCCUCAUUGUAACGUGCGAGGGGUUUUGAGUGCAUAUUUUGAGGAAGGACCAGAACUAUUUUAUUUGAAUGAUGAUGAUUGGGAAGUAUGCUCUACCCCAUUGAAAAAAGGAAGUGCGCGUUAGAAUCAUGGAAAUAUGCAAGUAUAUUUGAGUAUUAACUUUUUAGUCUGAAGCCCCAAGAAAGUUUACAGUAAUUUGUGGAUGAAUAUAUCGGGGUGAUACCAUUGACAUUCCUUAUCAUGUGGUUUGCAGACAGCUUGGAAACUUUCCCGAGCUUGGUAAUGUUUGUUUGUUAUAGAAAAGUUGUGGAAGAAAACUUAGGCCGUGCCAGUUGAUUCCAACUUUGCUUGCUUCGUUUUGGAACAUAAUGUCUUCCUUUUAAAUUCAUUCACACUUUUUGUGCUCUUACGAACUUCUUAUCUGCUUGUUGCCUUCUGUAGGAAGUUCUUUUUUUUGUGUGUGUGUGUGUGUGUAUGUGUGUUUUCUUCAUUUGAUAAUCAUGUAAUCAUGGCUUUUACGUGUAACUAGCUUCAUUUAAUUAUGCGGGUGCUUACUGAACUACUAUCUUCCCAUUUUGCGAAAUCCUCUGUUGUGGACUAUCUGCCCAUCCUUUCAGUUCAGUUCAGUUAAUUUUUGUACCAAAAGGUGAUGCUGGGCGGACUGGGCAAAAACCUUUGGGAUGUCCAUCCACCCAGGGUUAAAGUUGUUGAUGUUUCACACCAGCAGUAAUGAAAAUACAAGAAAUGAUAAGAUUUUAGCAGUACGGGAGAUAGGGCAGCAGGAGAGAAGGGUUGCGAAACUUCCUCAGUAUAGCUUGCAGGGUUGGCGGAUUUUUCUUAAAAGUGUGACUUUUUUUUUAUCGCACGACGCAGUGGCACAUAACACAUUCUUCUCUCAUUUCUUUUCUUUCUUUUUUUUCUUUUUGUCGAAGAUCGCGCGUGCGAUUAAGUGCAUACUUGAUAUUUUUUUAAAAAGUAACCCCUGGUUGAGGGCUUCGUACCCGGGGCCUAUGCAAGCGCGGGGCCUAAGGCGGUCGCCUUACUCGCCUACCCCUUUCGCCGGCCCUGCAUCCACCCCAAACUGCCAUUUCAGCCAAUAUAUGUGACUGGCGGCCCCGUUCGGCCUAUUGGUCCCAGUCACAUGAAGAAAGAAGGUGGUUCUUUGGCACAUAGCCAACAAUAUGCAACUUUGGCUAGAAAAAAGAAAUGUCCAGCGGUUGCGGAAAACGUUGCAAUUUACAGCGACAGCUGUUUGCUGACGCCGAGGAUUCGUUUGACAUUGUGGCUAGAUGAAACAACUCUUUGCGUCACGGUCCGCAAAUUUGUGUGAAAUGUUUGGAACAUGUGUUUGGAGAAAGCUUAUUAAAGACUAUGGACACCGUU